CGGCGCCAAUUUCAAACAGCGGAACAAACCGAAAGCUGAGGUGCCGACCCUCGCCGGCCCGCCCGGGCCCCCUCCCCGCCGGGCUCCCGGGCUCCGGGCUCCCGGGCUCCCGUCCUGCCUGCACGGCCGGGGCCCGGCCGGCCUGCGAGCUCCGUGCUGGGCCCUGGGCGGCGGCGCCGCGGUCUAAGGGCCCAUGCUUGUGAUUCUCAAUGGAGAGUGAAAGCGCAAAUUCAGAAUGAAAACCAGCCCCCAUCGGCCCCUGAUUCUCAAAAGACGGAGGCUUCCCCUUCCUGUUCAGAAUGCUGCAGCUGAAACAUCUGAGGAGGAGUCUAAUAGACCUCCUGCCCAAAAGGAUCCUAGUCAAGCACUGGCCUCCAAGGAGGUGGCAGAGUCCAGCUCUUGCAAGCUCCCGGCUGGGAUCAAGAUUAUUAAUCACCCCACCAUGCCCAACACACAAGUGGUGGCCAUCCCCAGCAAUGCCGAUACCCAGAGCAUCAUCACAGUGCUGACUGCCAAAGGAAAAGAGAGUGGCAGCAGUGGGCCCAAUAAAUUCAUCCUUAUUAGCUGUGGAGGAGCCCCAACUGGCUCUCCAGGACCCCAGCCGCAAGCCCAAAGCAGCAAUGAUUCCAAGAGGACAGACGUGCUCACUGAGAAGUUGGGACCAAAGCCUGCAGCUAGGGAUGUGAAUAUUCCUAGACCAUCUGGAGGCCAUCCAGGACUCUGUCGAGAGAGCUGUGCUAGCAACAAGGCAUCAGGCUGCACUCUGGACAACAACCUGACCAACAUCCAGUGGCUUGGGAAGAUGAAUUCUGAUAGACUGGACUCCAGCAGCAUCAAGCAGGAAGUGGAGGAGAAGGAGAACUGUCACCUGCAGCAGAGUCAGGUCAAGGAGGAGCCUGUGGGCACAUCAACACCCUGGCAGGACUCUGUGUCCGAAAGACCGCCUUACUCUUACAUGGCUAUGAUACAGUUCGCCAUCAACAGCACGGAGAGGAAGCGCAUGACCUUGAAGGAUAUUUACACUUGGAUCGAGGACCACUUCCCCUAUUUUAAGCACAUUGCCAAGCCAGGCUGGAAGAAUUCUAUUCGCCACAACCUUUCUCUUCAUGACAUGUUUGUUCGGGAAACGUCUGCCAAUGGCAAGGUCUCCUUUUGGACCAUUCAUCCCAGUGCAAAUAGAUUCUUGACUUUGGACCAGGUGUUUAAGCCACUGGACCCAGGCUCUCCACAAUCGCCCGAGCACUUGGAAUCACAGCAGCAGAAGCGGCCCAAUGCUGAGCUCCGCCGGAAUGUGACCAUCAAAACUGAACUUCCACUGGGCACACGGAGGAAGAUGAAGCCACUGCUGCCACGGGUCAACUCCUACCUGGUGCCCAUCCAGUUCCCAGUGAAUCAGUCCCUUGUGUUGCAGCCCACAGUGAAGGUGCCGCUGCCCCUGGCGGCUUCACUCAUGAGCUCAGAGCUAGCCCGCCAUAGCAAGCGCGUCCGCAUUGCCCCUAAGGUACUGUUGGCUGAUGAGGGCAUAGCCCCUCUUCCUGCUGCUGGACCAGUGAAGGAGGAGAAACCCCUGCUGGAAGAAGGGCUGUUACCUUUGUUUCCAGUUCAGUCUAUCAAGGAAGAAGAAACCCAGCCUGAGGAGGACGUGCCCCACUUAGGGAGACCCAUCAAAGUGGAAAGCCCUUCCUUGGAGGAGUGGCCCUCUCCAUUCCCAUCUUUCAAAGAAGAGGCAUCUCACUCCUGGGAGGAUUCAUCCUGCUCUCCCACUCCAAAGCCCAAGAAGUCCUACAGUGAACUCAAGUCCCCAGCACGACGUGUCUCAGAAAUGCUCGUGAUUAAACGAAGGGAGAGAAGGGAGAUGAGCCGAUCUCGAAGGAAACAGCACCUGUUGCCUCCCUGUGUGGAUGAGCCUGAGCUUGUCUUCUCAGAGGGCCCCAGCACAUCUCGACAAGCUGCAGAGCCUCCUGUCCUGACAGAGUCCACAGAGCCUGCCCCUCAGCAUGGCUGCCCCCAGGAGGAGGGAGGACCUUUUAAGACCCCUAUUAAGGAGAUGCUGCCCAUUUCCUCCACCCCAAGUAAAUCUCUCCUCCCCCAAACCCCUGAAACCUGGAGGCUCACACCUCCUGCCAAAGUGAGGGGGCUGGAUUUCAGCCCAGUGCAAACUUCCCAGGGCACCUUUGGCCCUUUGCCUGACUCCCUGGGGCUUAUGGAUCUGAGCACCACGCCACUGAAAAGUAUUCCCCUCUUUGACUCACCCCGAGAGCUCCUCAAUUCAGAACCCUUUGACCUUGCUUCUGACCUCUUUGGCAGCUCUUGCCCCUCAGAUCUGGAAGUCCCCAAGCCAGGCUCUCCAGAACCACAAGCUCCCAGCCUUUCAGCCAACUAUUCUCUGACAGAAGGCCUAGUUCUAGACACAAUGAAUGAUAGCCUGAGCAAGAUCCUGUUGAACAUCAGCUUCCCUGGCCAGGAGGAGGACCCCUUGGGCCCUGACAACAUUAACUGGUCUCAGUUCAUGCCUGAACUACACUAGAGGCUGCUUGACCCUUACACUCAAGAUACCCACCAUUCCAGGAGGCGUUCAUGUGGCUGGGCAGUCCCAUGCUCGGGACAUGCCAUACCCUCUGAAGACUGCAGGCAAGGACUGCACCAGCCUGGUGAUGCAAAGGCAACAGUCACACUCUAGCUACUGCUGGGUCUUUGCAUGAGUAGAAUAUGCAGCUGGUCUCUGGAUAGAGUGAUCUAUCUCUCUGCCUGCCAGGAGCUGAAGACAGCAAUGCAAAAGCAGUGGUGGAAAGGGACUAAGAAUUCCCCACAUCAUUUCCAUUCUGUGUCCUGCAGUUUUGCUUUCCCUGCUUGCGGGGUGGCCUUUGUAAAUAGUAUACAUUUUCCAAAUUACCCUUUAAUUAUAAAUGAAAGUUUGAGGUGGGUAGGAUGAUGGGGAGUUUCCGUUUGCUUCUGUACCUUGCUUUGCUUCCUUGAGGGAGAGGACCUGCAGUGCACGGUUGCUUCUAGGCCCAAGGGUUCUUUUCUGUGGGCAGCUAGACAUUUCUCCCAGUCACAUCUGCUUGGCAAGGUCCCUCAGAUUUCCCUGCCCUCCACCUCCCAGUGUUCCAAGUCAGCUUUCCUGCAAGAAGAAAUCUGAUUUAAAAGGUCUUAUAUUGAGUUAAGAAUUGGAUUUGGAGAUGGAAUGGUUGCAUCUGAAGCAGAGUGGAACCCAAAUGUGCCCCGUUAAGACAUUUCUCUGAUAAUGUCCGUAAUCAUGCCAGGGAGACUUGCAUGGACGAGGACUCAGGUGGAGGUUUGAGAAGGCAGAAAGGACCCCUCACCUGCCUGGUGUCCUUAGUUUGUAUUGCAGCUUUGCAAAGAGCUACCUUAUGCACUAGCUGGCUGCCUGUGUGAGCCAGCUCAAGAACACUACCACAACUACCUACUGAAUAAAAUCCAGGGUGGAA